UCACAGAGAUGCGACAUCAUAUUAAAUAAGUUGCACAUAUUGUAUAUAGAGGUGACUUAAAUAAAAGAUUAGUUCUUCGCAAGCAAUAAAAAGUAUAGGUAUUUCUAAAAUUAUGCCUCAAAAGCUCAAGGCAAUCAAUUUGACAAUUUGACCAUUUAAUAACUUGUAGAGGAAAGUGACAGUUUAAUUUUCUCCUCAAAUCUAAGCAUUGAAACCCAAAUCUAUCAAUCAGUUGCCUAUAUGGUGUUUAAGCAUAAGAUAUAAAAUUAGUCCUUUUUUAUUUUCUACCAAGAGAAACAAUACAAUAACUUUAAAGGACGCCCCCCUUGAGGUUUGCACCUCUCGCGGCCAGCCCUUAGCUACGACACUGAUUUUUGUUUUUGUUACAAUUUAAAUAAUUUGGGCGCAUUUUUUUUUAACUGAAAUUAAAUUCCCUAGAUCAACCUAGGGAUUGUAUCAGGAAAUGGGCCAGGAAUUUGACAUUUGAGGUUAUGUUAUAAACCUUAACCUAAAAAUUGUUUGGUUGAUAUUUUACUAUUUAUCUUCAUUCAUGUUCUUUGAUGUACUUUAAAAGUUUACAUCAUUUUAUUUAAAUAAUGUCUGAAGGCGAGGAAAAGUUUAAUCACGUUGAAGAUAAUGAAGAACAAAAAAGAAGAAUUGUAUUUAAAAACAGAAAACGUAAACAACUCAGGAAAAGAAUAAAAACGGAAGAAAGCGAUGAAGACGACACAAUUGAUCAAACAAGCUCCAAAUUAAAAGAAAUGAAAGCAAUUCAGAAAUUGCGGGAAAGGCCAAAUGGGGUUAGCAUUGUUGGAUUAGCUUUAGGCACUAAAGUUACAGCAGAAGAUGAAAUUGUAGCGAAAGAUCAGUUUAAUGUUAAAGUAGGGGGCAUGAUAAAUAUGCAAGCUCUCAAAAGUGGUAAAAUGAAACAAGUAGAUGAUGCGUAUGAUACUGGUAUAGGGACUCAAUUCAGUGCAGAAACUAACAAAAGAGAUGAAGAUGAAGAAAUGAUGAAGUUCAUAGAAGAAGAAUUAUCUAAACGAAAAGGAAAAGCAGAUUCGGUGGAGGGACAGGACAAUAUCAAUAAUAAAAAUUCUACAUAUCUCAGUCCAGAAGAGGCUGCAUUGCGAUGUGUGCCAACACAUUUGAGGGAGUCUUCUACGAAGAGAUCGGAAGAAAUGUUGUCUAAUCAAAUGCUAAGUGGUAUACCUGAAGUGGAUUUAGGCAUAGAGGCAAAAAUACGCAAUAUAGAAGCUACCGAAGAAGCAAAACUCAGGUUACUUUGGGAGAAACAGAACAAAAAAGAUGGCCCUUCACAGUUCGUACCCACGAAUAUGGCUGUAAAUUUUGUUCAACACAAUAGAUAUGCUUCUGAUAUCCCUAAGAAAAAAGCAAAAGUGGAAGUUGAAGUAGAAAAACCAAAGAAGAAGGAUGAAAAAGCAACAGAUGACUACCAUUACGAAAAAUUUAAAAAGCAGUUUAGACGAUAAUGAUUUUUUUUUUAAUACGUCAUUUAUUUUAAAUGAUUUAAUAUAAGUAUCGUUGUUUACAUUUUUUAGUAGGUAGUGAAAUUUGUAAAAAAAAUUAAUGAAAAUUAUGAAUUCUGUCUUUGGAAUUACUUCGCCAGCAUGUUAAAAAUAUUUAUCGUGCACUUUUUUAUAUUUAAAAAAUUUUUUGGCGCACCUUAAUACAAUCUAUUUCACUUCCGGCUACAUGCUGAAAAAAAUCCAAGAUUAAGAUAGUUCUGGUAAUAUCAGAAAAGGAAUGUUAUGGACAUCUGUGUUUACAACUGCAGAGCAUGCAAAUAGUUUUCAUGAUUUGCAUCUACAUUUGCAUCCACUUGCAAGUUUGCAGAUAUAAUGUGUUGAUUCUGAGCGUAACGUACCGACAUCGCACCACAUGUCUGCAAGAUAAUCCAUUGAUAAACUGUCAAUUACCUCUACCAAAAUUCAGUUAGGAAGAAAUCGUGUUGUUUCAAGGAAAUUUCAAACUAAUAAAAAUAAUCCCAAAUAAAGUGUUCUGACAAACAUUAAUAUGUUUGUCAGAAGAAAAUGAGAAAAAAUAGACAAGCUAUUAUUAUUUUCAUACCGAUGUUAUAAACAUAGCACCUCCCUCGAUGCGGUCAUUGUCGCCAGCUGAUCACCUUCUGUGGAUGAUUCAUCUGUGCUAAGCGGAUUUGGUUGACGAUUCAGUCCACGAAGCCGAAUCACUGCAUUGUCAUCGGAGGAUUCUUCCUAUUGUGGUGCAUCGGUCCAUAUCCGAAAACCCAAGCCCUAAACUCCUCCGAAGAUACCACCGAUACAAAACCCCUCGUUAUAAAUUCAUAUCUACAGAUGAUGAUUCAGAAAAUUUAUAUCCACGUUUGUAUCUGCAGAUUUCUGAAAAAGUAACACCUGUAACAUCCCUGAAGGAAUCUUACUGAUUUUGCCAGAUUCAAAUUUUUAUUAUCGUUACUUUAUCAACCCUAAUUAACUGUAUAUUUUGCAAAAUUAUA